CUGCUGUAAAGUUAACACACAGAGACACAUUGAGAGAAACAGACAUGUCUGACACCGGCUGUGGUUUGAAAUCUCCCAAAUCUCAAGAAGACGACAACAGAGAAGAAAAGCUCUAUGGAAAUGUUUUUGCAGAACUUGAAUCUGUAGAUCUGCCCUUAGAAACAUCUUUAGGGUCCGUGUACGAUGAUCAGCCUAACGCACACAGACGGUUUAUGGAGAAACUUGAUGUGAGAAUACGUAACCACGACCGAGAGAUCGAGAAGAUGUGUAACUUUCAUCAUCAGGGCUUCGUGGACGCUAUCACAGAGCUGCUGAAAGUACGAGCGGAUGCGAAGAAACUGAUGGGCCAAGUGAGCGACACUAACCGGAGACUUCAAGACGCCGGACGAGAGGUGACGGCUCAAACCCAAGAGGUCAUCCGCUGUCGGGUUCAGCAGAGGAACAUGGCCACCACCGUGGAGAAACUACAGCUCUGCAUCCCGGUUCUGGAAAUGUACAGCAAACUGAAGGAGCAACUGGAAUCAAAGAGAUAUUAUUCUGCAUUAAAAACUAUGGAGCAGCUAGAAAACUUGUAUAUUCCCCGAGUGAGUCAGUACAGGUUCUGUCAGAUCAUGGCCGAGACGCUCCCCAAACUCCGCGAGGAGAUUAAAGACGUCUCCAUGUCUGACCUGAAAGACUUUCUGGAGAGUAUCCGCAAACACUCGGAUAAGAUCGGAGAAACUGCGAUGAGACAGGCUCAACAGCACCGCACAUUUAACAGCGCUGUACAGAAGCAGGUGACGCUCAGCUGUACUAAACCUCUUUAUGGUCUGAACGGACGCACGUCGCUCCAUCACAACGGUCUGAGUCCUGAGGAGACGGCAGAUGAAGACGACGCUGAUGAUGAGGUUUUGACGGCUCAGGAUCUGGUGGAUUUCUCACCUGUCUAUCGCUGUCUUCACAUCUACACUGUUCUGGGGGACAGAGAGACGUUUGAGAAUUAUUACAGAAAGCAGAGAAAGAAGCAGGCCAGACUGGUCCUGCAGCCUCAGUCUAAUAUGCACGAGACAGUUGAGGGCUACAGGAGAUACUUUAAUCAGAUUGUGGGGUUUUUUGUGGUGGAGGAUCACAUAUUACACGCCACGCGGGGUCUGGUGACCAGAGCCUUCACGGACGAGCUGUGGAACAUGGCCCUGUCGAAGAUCAUCGCCGUUCUCCGCACGCACUCGUCGUACUGCACUGACCCUGAUCUGGUUCUAGAGCUGAAGAACCUCAUUGUUAUAUUUGCAGACACUUUGCAGGGCUAUGGUUUUCCUGUCAACAGACUCUUUGACCUGUUGUUUGAGGUCAGAGAUCAAUACAACGAGACGUUGCUGAAGAAAUGGGCUCUGGUGUUCAGGGAGAUCUUCGAGCAGGAUAACUACAGUCCCAUACCUGUGGAGAACGAGGAGGAAUAUAAAGCAGUCAUCAGUCGCUUCCCCUUCCACGACGCCGAGAUCGAGAAGCAACAGUUUCCAAAGAAGCUGCCGAUGUCCCAGUCCGUGCCUCAGAUCUACGCUCAAGUGAAGGAGUUUAUUUAUGCCAGUUUAAAGUUCUCUGAGUCGCUUCAUCGCAGCUGGACUGAAAUCGACGACAUGCUCCGUAAAUCCACUAACCUUCUGUUGACCCGGACGCUGAGCAGCUGUCUGCAGAAUCUCAUCAAGAAACCACACAUAGGAUUGACUGAGCUGGUUCAGAUCAUCAUCAACACCACUCAUUUAGAACAGGCCUGUAAAUACCUGGAGGAUUUCAUCACCAACAUCACCAACGUGUCACCAGAGACCGUUCACACCACAAGACUCUACGGACUUUCCACAUUCAAGGAUGCGAGGCACGCGGCCGAGGGUGAGAUCUACACCAAACUCAAUCAGAAGAUCGAUGAGUUCAUUCAGUUGGCGGAUUAUGAGUGGUGUAUGGUGGAGUCAGACGGGCGGGCGAGUGGAUAUCUCAUGGAUCUCAUUAACUUCCUGCGCAGCACCUUUCAGGUCUUCACACAUCUUCCGAAUAACAGCAAUGAUCAUGCGUCAAUGUCGGGUAAGGUUGCGCAGACGGCCUGUAUGUCGGCCUGUAAACAUCUGGCCACAUCACUGAUGCAGAUGCUGUUGGAUUCUGAACUCAAGCAGGUCACCAUGGGAGCCGUUCAGCAGUUUAAUCUGGACGUCAUACAGUGUGAAUUGUUUGCAAGUUCUGAGCCUGUGCCAGGAUUCCAGGGAGACACGCUGCAGCUGGCCUUCAUCGACCUCAGACAGCUUCUGGAUCUGUUCAUGGUUUGGGAUUGGUCCACAUAUCUGGCUGACUACGGGCAGCCCACCUCCAAAUACCUGCGGGUGAAUCCCUCCACGGCUCUCGCUCUUUUAGAAAAGAUGAAGGACACAGGGAAGAAGAACAACAUCUUCUCUCAGUUCAGAAAGAACGACCGCGACAAACAGAAGCUCAUCGAGACGGUGGUGAAGCAGCUGAGGAGUCUGGUAAACGGCAUGUCCCAGCAUUCCUAGAGUCUUCAUGCACCACAUACUACAUGAGACUUCCACCAACAUCUCAGAAGUGCUGUGAGACCACUUCAUCUCCUGCUGUCUGCCAAAAUAUCCCCCACUCGCUUAAUGAUGUCCAUACAGGGCAGAGAGAACAGAAGACGUGCUGUCAUUUUUUUGUAGUGUAUUUUUAAAGGAGUUAUGUUUUGUACAUUGUGACGGUGCAAUGAUUGUAAUGUGAUGCUCGAUGGAGAGAGAGAAAGAGAGAGAGAGAGAGAGAGAGAGAGAGAGAGAGAGACGGCUGAUGGUCUUGAUGAUCACAUGGAAGAUGUUUUUAUUGUAAAUAUUUGUACAUGUAUAUUUAACAGCGCUAUGGAAUCCUGCUUCCCGAGCUGAACGUGACUCACGUUGGGUGACAUUUGCAUGAGAAUGACUCCGUUUUCAUUUUUCGUUGACAAACGUUGCUAAAACUUGACUGGUGCAUUAACGCCACUCAUCCAUGUAAGAGAACGGCUACAUUUCACUAAAUGCACCAGAGAAUUCUAUUUCAUUUUCUUUUCUCAGGGCAAAAGGAAAGCUUUUGGUUCAGAUGCUUUAGAAUCUCAUUGGAUGUAUCUAAAUGAGCAAUAAUAGGUCCGGAUACAUAUUCAAGCUUAACUUUAUUCUUCACUUAGUUUUAUUCUCCACAUUUUUUUUCAACGGACAUUUUGCACUGAACAUUUUUUAAGUUUGCCUUUAAACUCUAUGCUUAUGUAUUUAAAGUACAUUGUAUAUAGCACAAUAUUUUGUUAAAAGGGAAAAAAAAUGGAAUGUAAAGAUUGAAUCUGUUCUCUAAACGCAACUCAACACUUUCUCUGAUGUCUGUGUUCAGUCCUCUGAUGGCUGUCGACACUAAUAUGAAAAGAACUCUAUAAACAGAUCAGCAGUUAAUGUACAUGUGAAAAGUGCAAAAGCAGAUAGAAACACACAUUAAUAACAUUUCAACUUUUUCAUUGUACAUUUGGCCGUAGAAGGGUUUAAUAUUCAAAAUGAAAGUGUCAUGUUGAAGUCUCUCACCGGAUUCACUCAAAACCCACUCGUUUAAUAAAACUGUGUCAUUAAAAUACAUUUCAUCUCUUGUUUUUGAUUCCAUGUUCUUCAACAUAUUUUCCUCAUGUGUAACUUUAUACGGCAUUGCAUUCCGCUGCUGAAAUGUUUUCUUUGUUUUAUUUAAGUUUCAAAACUGUUCUUCAGUAGGAUUUAUUGAUGCUCAACUCUGAAUUUUUCAUUUCCUUCCUUCUGUCAAUAAACAAAAGUGUAAUAAAUGAUUCCAUUGUU